ACAAAAGCUUUGGAGGUAAAACCCAGUGGGCACGUUCCUCUCCCUUCCCAAUGUCUUUUCGAUAACUUGUGCACUGGGUUGUGAGUUUUAACCAGGGAAGCUGCAUCGGCAUCUUCCCCCACCGGGCCCCUUCUAUCCCGCAGCCCACCCUUUCCCUAUAUUUUCCUGGCAGCACAUGGCCUCCAGGUCAUAGCAGACCUCACCACCUCCCGGCUGCUAUCUCGUUCGAACAUUCAUCACCAUCAUUCUUCAGAUCUCUCCGUCGCAGAUUCGCCAUCGCCGGAGACAUGGAGAAGAUCAAGAAGCCGGACCACCAACAUCAAGGAGAUGAGCCCUUUCAGUUCCUCAUGAAGUACCAGUGGUACCCCUCUAGCCUACUGUCUUACUUUCUUCUCUUUGCCCUUGGCAUCACCGUCGGUGUCAUUGCCAGUUUCCAUAUCAGCAGCUACCUUUCCUCAUUCGAUCAAAUCCCCUCCACUUUUCCUUCCCUUGCGCCUGAAACUAACCGUUCGGUCCUGAGAAUCGAUCACGACGCCGGCCGCCUGAAUUCUUCCAGGGCUGCCAGCACCGGCGGAUGCAAUUGCGCCACCGGUGUCGCUUCGAACCAAGAGCUUGAUAUGAAUUAUUAUUCAUUAAGUUCCGUUCCACUCAAGAACAAUGACACCCGGAAUUCUACCGCCGGCGGUCACGACUCAGACUAUAACCGUUCUUUCGAUUCUUACGAGUUCAUGGGGGGCGGUGCCUCCGGCAUUGAGAAAGAGGAGUUGAUUGGGAUCGAGGAUUGGGUGGAGCCCCGGUCUGCGAUGCACAACAUGACGGACGACGAACUGCUGUGGAGGGCGUCUUUGGUUCCUAAGGUUGGAGGGUACCCGUAUAAGAGAGUCCCCAAGGUAGCGUUUCUGUUCUUGACAAGGGGACCUCUGCCAUUGGCGCCCCUGUGGGAGAGGUUCUUCAAAGGACACGAGGGCAAGUUCUCCAUUUACGUUCACACCCACCCUUCCUACAACGAGACAGUUGCAGAAGAAUCGGUCUUCCAUGGCAGGCGCAUACCCAGCAAGGAGUGUGGCUGGGGAUCGAUCAGCCUACUCGAAGCGGAGCGCCGGCUUCUCGCAAACGCGCUUCUAGACUUCUCCAAUGAACGUUUUGUGCUGCUGUCGGAGGCUUGCAUUCCUCUCUUCCCAUUCGCAACCAUCUACGAUUACCUCAUCAACUCGAGGCACUCCUUCGUCAAUGUCGUCGACGAACCAGGUCCCUGUGGCCGUGGCCGCUAUUCCAACCUCAUGCGCACGGCCAUCAAGCCCCAAGAGUGGAGAAAGGGGUCACAGUGGUUUGAGAUGGACCGGAAACUCGCCCUGGAGGUGGUUUCCGAUCAGAAGUUCUUCCCGGUGUUCAAAAAGUAUUGCAGACAUUCAUGUUAUCCCGACGAGCAUUAUAUCCCGACGCUUGUGAACGUAAAGUUCGGGAGGUGGAGCGCGAACAGGAGCGUGACAUGGGUGGACUGGUCCAAGGGUGGAGCUCACCCGGCUCGGUUUUACAGGUGGGACGUAACCAUGGACGUGCUGAGAAAAAUGAGGGAUGGCAGUCGAUGCAUGUACAAUGGAAAUGAGACAUCGGUCUGCAACUUGUUCGCUAGAAAGAUGCUACCUAAUUCUUUGGUCAGACUACUAAAUUUUGGACCUAAGGUUCUAGGAUUUUAGAGAGAGAGAGAGAGAGAGAGAGAGAGAUCAUUUAUUUUUUAAUUUUCUUGUAAUAAGUCAUGUAGAUAGUGAAUCACCCUCGAAUAAGUUGUGUAGAUAGUGAAUUACCCUCAACAAGUGUGCAAACAGAUCAUGUGACUCAAGCUCAUGAUAAUAAGAUUCAGGAGCUAUUCGUUGUUGUAUUGGUCAACUCUAUAUAUAUAUAGCCAUAAGGGGGUUAUGUAUGGUGCAUGAAAUUUUUGUGCAC